AUCAGUUGGAAAAACGGCAGCCCAGGUUUUGCAUCUUUUUCUUUUGGGGCUGGGGUUGGGGGUUUGGUUACGGUGGGCAUCAGGAUAAAACAGGGUUACAGCAUUGCAUUCUUCUGGACAUUUCUAGUCUUCUUAUGUGCCAUGAAGAGACCUAUGCUGUCUAAUGAGCAAGUAGAGAUUUUAUCAGAUGAUUCUUCUUCCUCCGAUGCAGACAAUGAUGUCUUGAUGAGCCAGCAGCUGAAUGAUGACCCUUCCAUAGAAUUAUCUUCUGAAGCAUGGCUGUUCAGAAGAGCAAAAAGUUACCAAGAGUACAUGAAGCUGAUCCCAAUACCAACUAAGCGUGGCACUGUUAUUCCCUAUACCUCAUGGACUGGACUAGGCAGCUCGAUGAAGAAGAUGUAUAAGCAACCUCUCCACUACCUCACCAAUAUUCACUUGAAACGCUUGGACCAAGAGAGGCUUGGAGCGGAGGAUGAGGAUGUUCCCCUAGACAUGAUCAUCCAUCCGUCUAAAGCCGAGGCCAGCAUCUGGCUCAUUGAAGAGGUCCACCGGCGCACUUCGUCUUCUCAUCAUCUGGCUCAAGUCUGGGCAGCUGAUCCAAUGUAUCAUUCUUUCAUUGAUGCCGUUUUCCCUAAGCUGGGGUCGUGAAAUACAACCACCAAGAACAGGAAUCUAUGUUCCUAGAAUCCAAUAGGGUAUCCAGGCUUGUGAAGAAGCUUUGGUUAUUAAGCUUUGCAUUUGUUCUUAGAUAUCCGUUGCCUGUUAGAUAUAGGAUUUUUGGUUACAUGUGAUGGUCGUUUUCUUACCCCAUGUGUCGGUAAAACUAUUCUAUAAUACUGAUACUCCAACAACAAAUUAACAUAUAUUUUACAUCACUGAGGAUGAAAAGAAUGGUA